GACAUGGCGCAAUUACUCUGGGGAAUUUAAACGGCGAUCUCGUGCAGUCUACAACUACACGUACGGUCCUUCCGAAGAACCGAACAUUGUGGUAAAAGCAAUGUACGCUUCCUAUUGGAUGCUGGCGACGGCGUUAACCGACAUCCACAUCCUGAAUAACACCACGUCAACUAAUUUUAUCAGCGGCUCAGCUAUCUCCCGCCUGUUGCGGGGGCGAAGCUUCCAUACCCCGAUUGACAAAUCGUACAUUGACCAGAAUGGUGAACGCGCAAUUGACCUCGCUCUAUGCACAUUCGAUUACAAACAGGGCAACUUCCAGCCGAUCUGGAAGCAAGACAAGCAGACGUUUGCCAUAACGCAACUGCGAGGCGUCUCUGACUGGCCGAAUAACCUCUGGCCACCACCCAAUGCACCGUUAUGCGGAUUUAGUGGACUAGAAGGUCCCUGUACACCCAUAGCGUCCUCGACUGUUCUGGUGGCCAGCGUCUGCUCAUGUGCAGCCAUCCUUAUACUGAUUGCUACGGCCUUUGCCGGCAUCAAGGCACUACAGCGCGAAUCACGCAUUCGAAACCGCUGGUGGCUGCUAAGCAAAGCCGAUUUGUCUGCUUUCGUGUCAAACCGUAGCACAACAUCAAUUUUAGCCAGCGGAUUGUUCAAGCAGCCGAGAGCGCACCCAGACAUUCAUUUUACGCCCAAGGAGGGAGUGGCCGUACUCCACCGGCAGAAGGUGUUUCUGACGCAGUUUCCCACACAGAACGCCGUUCAGAGCACCCGACAAGUCUUCCUCUUAUUUGACAAGCUAAGAGAAAUUAGCCAUGCUAACAUCAACUCUAUCAGCGGCAUUCUAUCAACCACCACACCUAGUAAAUGCCUCAAUUUCUUCGUGGAUGAAUGCUGUGGACGCUACGAUCUGGAGACCGUGCUCAGUGAGAGCAGUCGCACGCUGGUGGAUCUGGAAUUUCGGCACGGAAUGACAGCCGACCUGUUAGCCGGGCUGCAGUAUACGCACAUGUCCUCUUUGCGGUAUCACGGAUACCUUCAGCCCACAAAUUGCCUGGUGGACAGCCGGUUUACGGUGAAGGUGUCGAAGGUUGGCUAUGAUCGCAUUCUGAAAGAGGUGUUCGGUGUCAGUGCGUGGCCAUCGGGCGAAGCUAAAUUUAUUGCUCCAGAGCAUGAAAAAGCGGUGUCGGGUUCGCCUGCGGGCGAUCUGCAUGCGUUGGGGAUUGUGCUGGAUAUGCUGUUUAAUGAUAUCGUUACCGAUACCAAAGCGUCGCCCAAGAAACUGCCCGGUAAAAGUCGCAUUGAAGUGUUCCUGCACGCCAUCCAGCAAUGCCAUGACGGCGAUCCCGGCAACCGUCCCAAAUUAAGCAACCUGAUUGAGCGGCACCGCUCGGCUGCUCGCACAUCGGGAAGCGCAAUGCAGAAAAUCAUGCGCCGGAUGGAACGCUAUGCGGAGAACCUGGAGAACUGCGUGGCGGAAAGAACGUUCCAGUUGUUAAGUGAGCAGAGAAAGUGCGACGCCCUUCUUGCCGAGAUGCUGCCAGCGUCAAUUGUGGCGAUUCUUCGGCAAGGUCGCACCGUCGAACCCGAAGUUUUUGACUCGGUCAGCAUCCUCUUCAGUGAUAUCGUGGGAUUCGGCGACUUAGUGGCCACCGCCGAGCCCAUUGAUGUGGUGGUCUUUCUCAAUGAAUCGCACAGCCUCUUUGAUCGGGUUGUCAGCUCAUAUGAUGCAUAUAAAGUGGAAACCAUCAAUGACUGCUAUUUGGUUUCCAGUGGAGUUCCGGUGAGAAAUGGCAUUACCCACGCUCUGAGCCUCAGCAAAAUGGCUACCCAGUUCGUCGGCACUUUCGGAGGAAAGUAUUCGGCAAACGGGCUCGCAGCGAAAAUCGGCAUCCAUUCCGGAUCUUGUGUGGCGGCGGUAGCUGGAACGAAGAGGCCGCGAUACUGUUUGUUUGGUGAUACGAUUAACACCGCCAGCCGCAUGGAGAGCCACGGUGAAGCCGGCAGAGUUCACAUCAGUCAGCCGACAGCGGAACUAAUCGGCAACAUGCAGGACAACUCAGUGUUGGUACUGACCCGAGGGCUGAUGCCGAUUAAAGGCAAAGGAUUCAUGCAGACCUACUGGGUGGAAGCCACUGGUCGGUCGUAGGCCGCUUCAAUGCAGUUGACAUUAUUCAUACCGUAAAUGGCCAAGGCGCUAAUGGCGCGACGAGCAUGUUGAUAUUAAUCUACGUUACCUUCAGCUGCCUGUGUGAAACUUACAA